UCGAACGGUACUCUUUUGCGGAUGGUGAGCGGGAAAGUGGAAAAGCGGAAAAGCGCAGCCAGAAACCCAAUUGAAAACUCGUGAAAACAGUGAGCAGUGUCUGAAAAAAAAAAAACAAACAAUCACAGAAGCAUCAGCAUAACAAAAAACGAAUCUUGUGUGCAACUCAUCAGGGGACUCAAUUUCCAGAGUGAGGCUUUUCCGAACUUGAACGAAACGAGACGAGACGAGCGGACUCGAGACGAGCCUGUUUAUUUAACACACUUCCUCGCUGCGAAAGCCUUCAGUUCGUGUCUGCUGCUCGCGAAGUGCGCGCCACAGUGAACAGUUAAACCGGAAACGGAAACAGAACCGAAAACGAUAACGGAGACGAGUUCGCAAUCGUGAACGGAAGCGGAAGCUAAGGAACAUGUGUGUGUGACGGGACGAUCGCUGCUCCCCGAAACAAAACAAAAACAAAAUAUAUCGCAUAGAUAAAUGCCGCUCAAUGCCAAGUAAAAGAUUGCUCAAUCAGUGAACUAGUGAACAAGUGGUCAAGCAAGUGAUUGAAGCUGCUUCCCGAAAGCAAACAAAUACUAUAGAAUAAACUUUGGCUAGGCAUCAUGUGUGCCACGGGGAACCGCCGGCUAAGCAGCCUCAGUGCUCUGCUCCUCGUCCUUGUGGCCCAAGCCGUCCACGUGGAGUUCGCCCGGGCGGAUUAUGAGAACACCUGGAAUUUAUACUACGAGCCGCCCUGCUGCACGGGCUCGGCUGCUGGCCACCACCUGCGCCACCACAAAGAUCACGUCAAGGACUUCAGUUGCGGCCCGCUGCACUACAAGACCUUCUACAUGGACGAGCGCAACAAUGCGUUGUAUGUGGGCGCAAUGGAUCGCAUAUUUCGGCUCAAUCUGCGCAACAUCAGCCAAUCGAUUUGCGAGCGCGAUGUCCUUAUAUUGGAGCCCACCGGAUCGGAUAUUCUAAAUUGUGUGUCCAAGGGCAAACGCGAGAAGGUGGAAUGCCGCAACCACAUAAGGGUUAUACAGCCGAUGAACUUCAAUGGCCAGAAGCUAUAUAUCUGCGGAACUAAUGCCCACAAUCCCAAGGACUAUGUAAUAAAUGCAAACUUAACACAUUUACCCAGAUCCCAGUACGUGCCCGGCAUUGGGCUGGGUAUUGGCAAGUGUCCCUACGAUCCUGCUGACAACUCAACCGCCGUCUAUGUGGAGAACGGAAAUCCCUUCGGCCUGCCAGCCCUGUACGCCGGCACGAAUGCAGAGUUCACCAAGGCGGAUUCCGUCAUAUUCCGCUCGGACCUCUACAACCUGACGAACGGGAGGAAGGAGGCCAACUUCAAGAGGACCGUCAAAUACGACUCCAAGCUGUUGGACAAACCGAACUUUGUGGGCUCCUUUGAAAUUGGGGAGUUCGUGUACUUCUUCUUCCGCGAGCACGCAGUGGAGUACAUAAACUGCGGAAAGGCGGUCUACUCCAGGGUUGCCAGGGUCUGCAAAAACGAUCGGGGCGGAAAGUACAUGAUCAGCCAGAACUGGGCGACCUACUUGAAAGCGCGGAUGAACUGCAGCAUCUCCAGCGAAUUCCCCUUCUACUUCAACGAGAUACAGUCGGUGUACAAGAUGCCAACCGAUGAUACCAAGUUCUAUGCCACGUUUACAACGAAUACGAACGGUCUGAUUGGAUCGGCAGUUUGCAGCUACGACAUCCGGGACAUCAAUGCGGCCUUCGACGGCAAAUUCAAGGAGCAGGCCACCUCGAACAGCGCCUGGCUGCCCGUUCUGAACUCGAAAGUGCCGGAGCCACGUCCGGGAACUUGCCACAACGACACCGCCACGCUGCCGGACUCCGUGUUGAAUUUCAUUCGCAAACAUCCGCUAAUGGACAAGGCGGUCGAUCAUGAAUUUGGCAAUCCGGUCUUCUUCAAGCGCGACGUCAUACUCACCAAGCUGGUGGUGGACAAGAUACGGAUCGACAAGCUGAACCAGGAGUUCCUUGUGUACUUUGUGGCCACGACAUCGAGUCACAUAUACAAGAUAGUGCAGUUCAUGCACUACGGCCAGCGGCACUCGAAUCUGGUGGACAUCUUCGAGGCCUCGCCGCACAACGAGCCGAUCAGGGAACUCACCUUGAGCCACAAGACGGGAUCCCUGUACCUGGCCACCGACCACCAGGUGAAGCAGAUCGACAUGGCCAUGUGCGCCCGCCGCUACGACAGCUGUUUCCGCUGCGUUGCGGAUCCCUACUGUGGCUGGGAUCAGGAGGUCAACGCCUGCCGACCCUAUCAGCUGGGUCUCCUGCAGGACGUGGCCAACGAGACGUCCGGCAUCUGCGACACGAGUGUCCUGCGCAAGAGGGUCACCUCCUCCUAUGGGCAGACUCUGCAUUUGUCCUGCUUCGUCAAGAUGCCGGAAGUGCUGAGGAAGAAGCAGACGCGCUGGUACCACCACUCCACCGAAAAGGGACGCUACGAGGUGCGCUACACGCCCACCAAAUACAUCGAGACCAACGAGGGCGGACUCGUCCUUUUGGCGGUGAACGAGGGCGACGGCGGCCGCUACGACAGCUACUUGGAUGGCACCCUGCUCUGCAGCUACGGCGUGACCGUGGACGCCCACAGGUGCUCGCCGCCCUCGCAGAAGCAGGACUACCAGAAAAUCUACUCGCACUGGUGCAACGAGUUCGAGAAAUACAAAUCGGCCAUGAAGCAAUGGCAGGCCAAACAGGAGCAAUGCGGCCUCAAGGACAAAACAGGACCAAUCAGCAGCAGUGGCAAGCACGUGAACGAUGUGUUCAGCAACGAUGCUCUGGUCUGACCCAGAAAGUACUUGUACAGCUUUGAGUUCUUGUCGUCGUCGACGGAGGGCGUGGCCACCGCCCACCGCAAAUUGUACAUUUUCAUGUUCGUGCUUACCAUAUUUGCUCGCUUCUAAAGUUUCUAGUUAAAAUGUAAAUGCGCAGAAAGGCAGUAAGCACCCGAGGAAAAUUCGGAGAACAACUAUGAAAAUGCGACAAGGGCCGAGCUGAGGAAAAACAAAACAAAACAAAACAACAAAAAAAAAGUAAAGAAGGAAUAUAAAGGAAAAACCACUACAAAGACUGAAAUUUUUAAGCUUUUAAAAUCGACAAUAUUUCCGAUAAUUUCGAUGCGUUUUUGGUCAUGCUUUCGUUUCGUUUCGAGAUGUUGUCAGCGUCAAACUGAAUGAUUUUCGACAUUAACUAACUGAUAUACAAAGAAGGAGUAAACGAGAAAAGUUACUAGCAAAAGGAUCCUGCCAUAAGUCAAAUGGAAAUUACGGUUUUACACUCACACAAAGACACCUACAGAAGACACUAUUUCUAUUUCGAGCCUAAGGUUAAGCUAAUCUAACAGAUACGGAUAUGGAUACGGAUGCGCAAAGCAGAAACAGAUACGGAUACAGUUACAGAUACAGUACAGUUACA